AUCGACAGUAAUCCUGUGAAUGCCUACCAUAACAAAUAAUUAUGUCUGUUAUUGGCUGAUAACCGUUGAUUCCCACUAUUACAGUCGACCUUUAGUCGACCACAAAAGAUUUUUACGAUGCAAAAAUUCCGAUUAAACAAUUAUUGUGGAUCAUCCAGAUGUAAAAAGAAUCUAUUUGAAGUCUUAUUUUGGGGAAGAAAAGUCAUAAAAUUUAUCUAUUGUCAAUUAAUCUAGAUUACCUUGUACAUUAGGGUCUGGUGAAUUACAGGGUGUUAACCGUAAGUCACUGCGAGAUAAGGUGGAGUGCCAUUGUGGUUAUCUCAAAAUUGCCAAGUCUCACAAUGAGAUUAUUGCAUCGCCCUAUUGACUAUCAAUACAAUACUCUGUGCCACUAUCUGCUGUGCUUGCGUUGGUCGGAUUCUUAACAGAGGUUAUCGGUCUUAUCACUGGUGAUAAAAACAUCACUCAAGACUGGCUCAGUUCUUUUUUGCACUCUGGACAGUGAACAAGCCUUCGAGAUGGACAAAGACGCGUACAAGUUCCCUGAAGUGAUCCGCAGGAACUCCCAUUGUCCGAAAGUUGUUCCUUCGAAUUUGGGGGAGAGAGCCAACUAUGUCAACAGCCCUCACGUUAUCUGUAUGGUUGGUCUACCAGCCAGAGGCAAGACUUACAUCGCAACCAAACUCUCUAGAUAUCUCAACUGGAUAGGGAUCAACACUAAAGUUUUCAACCUUGGGGAGUACCGUAGACAUGCCACCACCGCCUACAAGAGCCAUGAGUUCUUCCGACAGGACAAUGAGGAGGCCAUGGCCAUCCGCACCCAGUGUGCGCGAAACGCACUCAACGACGUCUGCACCUGGCUUGAGAAUGGCGGGGAAGUGGCGGUGUUUGACGCAACCAACUCCACUAUGGAGCGACGGAACAUGAUCGAGGACAUUGUCGUCAAGAAGAUGGGUUUCAAGUUGUUCUUUGUCGAGUCAGUCUGUGAUGAUCCCUCUAUCAUCGAGACGAACAUAAUGGAGGUGAAAGUGAACAGUCCCGACUACAAGAACAUGAACACGGACAAAGCUCUCCAGGACUUUCUCCAGCGCAUUGAGCACUACCAGGAACGCUACGAGCCGCUGGAGGAGCGCCUGGAGCCUGGACUGAGCUUCAUGAAGAUCUACAACACGGGCGAGAAGGUGGUGGUACACAAACACGAGGGUCACAUCCAGAGCCGGAUAGUUUAUUACUUGAUGAACAUCCACAUAGUACCCCGGACCAUCUACCUGACUAGGCAUGGGGAGAGUGAGCAGAAUCUGGAAGGGCGUAUCGGGGGAGAUUCUAAUCUCUCGCACCGGGGCCAGCAGUAUGCUGCCGCACUCUCCGCUUAUAUCCAGCAGCAAGAUAUCCCUGGGCUGCGCGUCUGGACCUCAUGGCUCAAGCGGACGAUACAGACGGUGGAGAACGUGCCAGCACCUCAGGAACGGUGGAAGGCCUUGAACGAGAUUGAUGCUGUAAGCAUUGCCUCUGCACUCUAGCUUUCAUUUUAUUUU